UGGGGAUUUCACGUUCAUUUCCAGAUUGAAUCGAUUCAGGAAAUCCUAGCCCUGCCGCCGCCGUGGUGUCAGUGAAGCCGCCCUUGCUGCAAUUUCAGUUUCUACCGCUAUUGGUUAAGACAAUUGAAGUCGGAAACAAUGUCGUUUAUGAAAGGAGAUUUGUUGUCAAAAACUCGUAAACUCGUUAAAGGGUUUGCUAAAACGGAGCCUGUUUGGCUUAGGUCCAUGGAAAAGGCGCCGCCUGCUACGUUUCCUCGCGCACAGAAUAAGCUUAGGCAAAUAACCUUCCCGGAGGAUACUUACGUGAACAAGUUCUACCAGAAGCAUCCGGAUUCGAAAUUCGAAGAUCCAAUCAAGGUUUCUAGCUUUGAUCCUCCUGCAGCUCGUGAAUUUGCUUGGAGAGUGCUUGAAUUGAAGGAGCAGGGAGUUGAUGAGAUCGAUGCCAUGGCUGUUGCUGAUACCGAGUAUCGAGCUGAAAGAAAAGCCAGAAAGCAGGCCUACGCUCGGCUGAAGCAAAUCUCAAAGCUUCAGGGAACGAGACUGCCUCCAAACCCCUACCCAAGUGCUGUCAAGGAGAUUCAAGCAGAAGAAAGAAAGCUUAUCAAGGACCGGUUCUUCAAUCCCCAGUCUCGCCAAAUUGUGGAACGACUUAAAGAGGAGAGAGAUGCAAUGUUGAUGGACAGAAGGUGACCCAUUUCUGUGUUAUGAUGUUGCUACACCAUUCCAAUGCUAGCAGGAAGCAUUUAUCGAGUAAAAUCUUGUUUUAGUUCAUCCUUUCGCCUCGUCUCGGAAGACCCAGAAUUACUUAAAAGUUCUUUACUAUGAAGAUCAUGCUACUAUUAUUGAACAAGUGGAUUGUUAUGUUUCCAUUUGCAAUAAAAAAUUGUUUUGGGUUUUCCUUGGA